CAAUUCUCAUCAUCCUCUCUUCCAUAAUCUCUCUCUCAUAUUCACAUAUACAUAUACAUAUACAUAUACAUAUAUAUAUAUAUAUAAAUUCAUGCUUUAUAUCGGUGGUGAUGGUGGUGUGUGGCGGUGGAUGUGCUAAGCCUGAUAUUUGCUGCUGCGGAUGUACAUCUUUUACUGUCUCAGAAACUAGAAAGAGAAGAUGGAAUUCGAUGAGCACGAAGACCCAGAUGAGGGAAUCCCUGGGAUUCAAGUCGAGGCGACAUACGAGGUGGCGCUGGGGAGGGCCAGCGGCGGAGGAGAGGUGGCAGCGAGGAAAGGCGGUGGCGGAACUCACAGGUAUAGAGAGUGUUUGAAAAACCACGCCGUCAGCAUCGGCGGACACGCGCUGGAUGGUUGCGGCGAGUUCAUGGCAGCCGGUGAGGACGGAACCCUAGACGCCUUGAAGUGCGCGGCGUGUAAUUGCCACCGCAACUUCCACCGUAAGGAGGCGGAGGGAGAGGGCUUCCACCACCAUCACCACCACCACCAUCCCCACCACCACCAACAAUUCUCGCCGCCGCAGUACUACCGCACGGCCCACCCAGCUGGAUACCUUCAGGUGACACCGCCGCCGCAUCAGCGGCCUCUGGCGCUGCCAUCGACUUCUAGGGAGGAAGAAGAUAUGUCAAAUCCUAGCAGCAGCGGCGGCGGCGGCGGCGGUGGUUCGAGAAAGAGGUUCCGGACGAAGUUUACACAGGAACAGAAGGACAAGAUGCUGGAGCUGGCGAAGAGGUUGGGGUGGCGCCUCCAGAAGCAAGACGACGCGGCGGUGCAGCAGUUCUGCGAGGAAACUGGGGUGAAGAGACAGGUUUUCAAGAUCUGGAUGCACAACAACAAGCACACUCUCGGUAAAAAAACCUAAUCUCUCUCUCUCUAGUUAUUCAUCUGCAACAUAACCAUUUAUGCAGCGGUGAGACUUGAGAAAACACCUUUAGAUUUGAUUUGUGAAUUGAAAUUGUGAAAUGAAAUGUAGGGGAACUAAGUAGCUAGCUAGCUAGUUAGUUAGGGUUCUUCAAGUAGCCUUUCUUGUAGUGAUUUUUGUUUCUUUUGUGGUUUUGAUGUGAAAUUGAAUUAAACUGUUUUUGUUUUCUCUUUUUGUAGAAUCAUGAGUUUAUGAUAGGUCAAUUAAGCUUAAUCUAA